AUGGAAAGGGGGCAAGAAUUAGAAUGGGAAGAGGCACAAAAGCUUGCCAUUAGCGUUGAUCUCGUCGCUUCAGCCAAACAACACCGACGAUUUCUUGCUGAAGUUGAUAGGAAUCGGACCCUCUAUGAUGGCCCUGUCUUAGACCGGGCCAUUUAUAGGUACAAACACUAUUGGCUUCCACUACUUGGCAAACAUACAGAAUCUACGAUUUUGGAAGGCCCUUUGGUUGUGCCACUUGACUGUGAAUGGAUUUGGCAUUGCCAUAGGCUUAACCCAGUACGAUACAAGGCUGAUUGUGAGGAACUCUAUGGGAGAAUCCUUGACAAUAAGAAUGUCAUGUCCGCAAUUAGUACAACUUGUAGAAGGCAAACCGAAGAAAUAUGGAAGAGGAUGUAUCCAUAUGAGCCAUAUGAACUUAAUAUGAGCAAUCAAUUCCUCAAAAAUUUCGUAAAUUCUUCGAGGAGUACCGAGUAUGAUCUGGUUUCAGCUGUUAAGAGACAAAGUCCUUUUUUUUACCAGGUAUCUGGAUCCCACAUGAAUGAUGAUGUCUUUCUUGAAGGAGCUGUAGCUAGAUACAAGGGAUUUCUACAUUUGAUCAAGAGAAAUUGGGAAAAUUCCAAGAGAUGUUUUUGUGUUCCAACAUAUGACAUCGACCUUAUCUGGCAUACUCAUCAACUGUAUCCUGUUUCUUAUUGCAAAGAUGUAAUGGCAGCUUUGGGAAAGAUAUUAGAACAUGAUGACACAGAUUCUGAUAGAACAAAGGGUAAGAAGCUAGACACUGGAUUUUCUAGAACAACCAAACAAUGGGAAGACAUGUUCGGAUGUAGGUAUUGGCGUGCUGGAGCAAUGUAUAGAGGACAAGCUCCAUCCCCACUUGGACUCAACUUGUCUCAAUUGGACAACCAGUGGUGGGACAAGAAGAUGGUCCCAUCAAAUGAAAAUCAAGAUAUGGUUUCACUUCUUAGGAAAACGGUUACGGAGAUUAUGAUAGAGAUUGUUGGGGUCAAAGAUCUACCUCAAGGACUUAAAGGAAGCCUCUUUGUUACAAUCAACAAAAAACAACCAGAUAUAUUUCUUAACAACAAAAGAAACAUAAGCAUUUUGUGCAACACCAAGGAGAAACAAGCACUUGUGUUCCAAUGUGAGCCUAAAGGGGAUCUUGUCAUUGAACUAAUGUCAUAUUCACCUAUCAAAACACUAGGAACAACCUCAAUCUCCCUGAAGGGCAUAGUAAACUCAGUUUCUCGGCUUUAUGCAGAAGAAUGGUUCGAUUUGGUACCAAAUUUGACACUUGCUGAUUCGAAACCGAUUAGUGUGCGAAUCGCUUUCUCUUUCACUCCUCCAAUUCUAGCACACUACAUGGUUCAAAUGGUUCGGCAUUUCAAGUAUCAUUGCUUUACCGAUGAGGCUAGCAAUGAUAUAAUCAGUCUCCACAUGAGAGAUUACCAGACAAGAAAGGAAGUGAUUGGUCUAACAUCAUGUGGUGGAACGCAUGUGCUUGCAGCAGAAUCUGCUGAGAAGGGAUGGUUUUUGAAUAAUUCCCAUUGGUGGUUUCAUGUUCAUAACAAGUUAAAUGAAAAUAGCAUUGCAUUUGGUUUUAAAGGAAAUCGAAAGGUGAUUGUUUUUCGAGGAAGAAAACUAGGAUUUGAGAUUAAUGAUGGCAAGAAGCUGAAAAAUGAAGAGCAUUUCAUGACGGCUGUUGAAUUCUCCAUGGAAUAUCCUUAUGGAAAAGCUAUAGCUUUGUUCAACCUUAAGUCUGCUAUUAUAGAGAUCAAUGAAGAAGAAUCGCUUGUAGUCCCUAUGAUUAUAUUGGCUUUUCUAGUUUCUGAAAGUUCAAGCAACUGUGAGAAAAGUUGCAAUAAUGAAGGGAAGGAUGGUGGUGAAGUCAUUACUAAUGGAAUCAAAGACUCACCUCCUGACGGUGAAGAUGAGGUUAAAAGUAGCAAUUGCGGCGGGUGUGGUGGUGGCUGCGGCGUUAGUUGUGGAGGAAGCUGCGGAGGGAACUGUUCGGGUGGUGGUAGCUACCGGAAUUGAUUACAUAUCGAAGUACACAAAUAUGACUAAAAAAAUUAAUGAUUAGUUUUCACUAUAAUCCGUAAAUAGUUGGAUUAAAUACUCUUCUAAAUAAAGUCCUUAUGAAUAAAUGCAUAGGAUGCUAUUGCAAUGUUUUCACAUUUCACAUAAGAGUA